AACACCACAACAACUGAACAACACAAUUUAUUUUUAACAAUAACGUGGUAUGCCUCUGUCUGUCUGUCUAUCUAAAUCAACAAUCAAUAAUCAGAUCCCCGUGUGAAUUGCAAUUUCUUUCCAUGGAUACAGAACCAAGAUCCAAAUCCAAAACCAUAAACAAGAUCGCAUUAGCAUCAGUAUCCGCAAUGGUGGCAGAAACCACCACUUUCCCAAUCGAUAUAACCAAAACCAGACUGCAAUUACACACUACUACAACCCACCCUGUCUCUGCAUUCCGGGUCGUGACCGGUAUCGUUCGCAACGAAGGCGUGACAGGACUGUACAAGGGUUUAUCACCUGCUGUUAUUAGACACAUUUUUUACACCCCUAUUCGAACUGUUGGUUAUGAACAUUUACGUCAUUUCUUUGUUACUGACACUAGUAAUUCUCUUUCUUUACCAAGUAAAGCUCUCAUUGGCGGGCUUUCCGGCGUUAUAGCUCAGGUAGUUGCCAGCCCUGCUGAUCUGGUUAAAGUCAGGAUGCAAGCAGACGGUCGUAUGGUCAGCCAAGGGCUCCAGCCAAGGUACACAGGCCCACUAGAUGCUCUACUUAAGAUCCUUCAAUCCGAAGGCUUUAAAGGACUUUGGAGAGGAGUCGUUCCAAAUGUUCAAAGAGCAUUUCUAGUGAACAUGGGAGAAUUAGCUUGUUAUGAUCAUGCAAAACAUUUUGUUAUAAGCAACCAAAUUGCUAAUGAUAACAUAUAUGCACACACUUUGGCCUCUAUGAUGUCCGGCCUUUCAGCUACCACUAUAAGCUGCCCUGCAGACGUGGUCAAGACAAGAAUGAUGAAUCAGCGGGUCAAUGAAGAAGGUAAGAGUAAGUAUAAGAAUUCUUAUGACUGUCUUGUGAAAACUGUUAGAAUUGAAGGAUUGAGAGCAUUAUGGAAAGGUUUCUUUCCUACCUGGGCUAGGCUUGGCCCAUGGCAAUUUGUGUUUUGGGUAACUUAUGAAAAGUUUCGGCUAAUUGCAGGUCUUCCUCCUUUUUGACAUUUUUUGUUUGUAGAUAUAUAUAGUGUUACAUUUGUUAGUAUGAUUCCUAAUAGUUCUUCGCUAGGAGUUCAAAUCACGCCAAUGUUCUUUUAAAUUAUAAUUUUACGUGAUUUAUUUUUUCUCA